AUGACGAGGAGGCGACAGUGGCCCCCUCCAGAGACUUCUCACGAAAACGGGGUAUCAGAUGGUGCGCGCUCGGUGGCGGCGUCUGCUGCGGAGGUGGUGGCGGGCGGCGAGGCGCUGCCCCCCGACUUUUGGGAGGACACGUACCUGCCGGCCACCACGCGGCGCGACCUGGAGGAGGCGUCCCCGCUGCAGAGCUUCCUGUUCCCCGACCCGACGGAGCUGCCAGACGAUGUGGAGAUGAGCGUGUGGGACCACCUGGAGGAGCUGCGGCAGCGCGUCUUUGUCAGCGUGGGCGCGGUGGGCGCCGCCAUUGCGGGCUGCUUCUGCUACGCCAACCAGCUGGUGCAGGUCCUGGAGGCGCCCGUCGCAUCCACCGGCGUGCGCUUCCUGCAGCUCUCCCCGGGGGAGUACUUCUUCGUCACCCUCAAGGUGGCCGGCUACUCGGGCCUGCUGCUGGGCAGCCCCGUCAUUGUGUACGAGAUCAUCGCGUUCGUGCUGCCCGGGCUGACGCGCAGCGAGCGCCGCUUCCUGGGCCCCAUCGUGCUGGGCAGCAGCGUGCUGUUCUACGCUGGGCUGGCCUUCUCGUACAACGUGCUGGUGCCGGCCGCGCUCAACUUCUUUGUGACGUACGCGGAGAACGUGGUGGAGUCCAUCUGGUCCAUCGACCAGUACUUCGAGUUCGUGCUCGUCCUCCUCUUCAGUACCGGCCUCGCCUUCCAGGUGCCGGUGAUCCAGCUGCUGCUGGGCAGCACGGGCCUGUUCACCUCGGAGCAGAUGUUCAGCAUCUGGAAGUACGUUGUCGUGGGCGCCGUUGUGGCCGCAGCCGUGCUCACGCCGUCCACGGACCCCCUGACGCAGAUGCUAUUGGCAGGUCCGCUGAUUGCAUUGUACUUCGGGGGGGCUGCCGCGGUGAGGUUCACAGAAAAAGCGAAAGGAGCGGGUUGAGAUGAGGAAUUGGACGCUAUUGUACCAUUUUUGGAAUUGAACGAGUGCGAAUGGAAAUAGUAUGCCUCGUUACAUUGAAUCGGGGAACAAGCAGAUAAGCUGAGCCCCAUGCAAAAACGGAUCUCGGGUUAUAAACGUUGAUCGCUUAAAGUUCACCUUGAGAUGUCUAAGCUGAUCAUGUACGGUUGUGCAAUGCGCUUUACGAGGUCGAUUCUUGCUUUUAAAAUUCUG